CGAGCAUUCCUCUCAAGAAGCUUAGCUCUCUAUCUUGUUGAUGAGGUAAUUACAUGCGCACUUGGAUGCAAAAAUCAUGUCACCGCCGACAGAUCGAACAGAGAUCCUUGCUCGGUUUCGAGCCAAUAUCGAGAAGCAUGUUCCCAUCAUGGGUGCCGGCGCAGGUAUCGGGCUCUCUGCAAAAGGUGCAGAAGCCGGAGGCAUCGACCUCAUCAUUAUCUACAACAGCGGCCGUUUUCGCAUGGCGGGUCAGGGCAGCUUGGCAGGCCUCAUGCCAUUCAGCAACGCAAACGAUGUCGUCGUAGACAUGGCCCCCGAAAUCCUCAGCGCGGUUUCAAAAACUCCUGUGAUCGCAGGUGUGUGUGCGACAGAUCCAUUCAAGGAUAUCCCACGGUUCUUGGCCCAGCUGAGAGAUUUGGGGUUUGCUGGAGUGCAGAACUUUCCUACUGUGGGUCUUAUUGAUGGGCAGUUUAGAGCGAAUCUUGAGGAGACGGGUAUGAGCUAUCAGAAAGAGGUGAAGAUGAUCCAAGUGGCGAGCAAGAUGGGUUUGAUUACCACGCCCUAUGUUUUUGAUCCUGAGCAAGGUGUUGCCAUGGCGAAAGCAGGCGCUGAUAUUUUCGUGGCUCACAUGGGACUGACGACUUCGGGGACUAUUGGUGCCAAGACUGGAAAGACUUUGGAAGAAUGUGUUGGUAGUGUUCAAGCUAUUCGAGAUGCGGUGGUUUCUGUGAAGCCGGAUGCCAUUGUCUUGUGUCAUGGAGGCCCGAUCGCGUCUCCCAAAGAUGCGGAGUUCAUGUUGAACCGGGUGAAGGGACUGCAUGGUUUCUUUGGUGCGAGUUCGAUGGAGAGAUUGCCUGUGGGGGAGGCGAUCAAGCGGAAUGCGAUGGAAUUCAAGAACAUUGCGAUGAACACUUCAUAGUUCAGAAAAUGGAGUUGCUUUAUUACAUUUCAAAAUUCCACUGGAAAGGAACGAUAAACGCAUUGAUUUGUAUUUACUGCUGGAAAAUCGUCGUUGAGUUCAAUGAUUACUACAAGCU